AUGUUUCUCUCUUUCUCUCCCCCUCUCUCUCUCUCUUCCCCUCUCUCCCCCUCUCUCUCUCCCCCCUCUCCCCUCUCUCUCCCCCCUCUCUCUCUCCCCCUCUCUCCCCCUCUCUCUCUCCCCCUCUCUAUCUCUCCCCUCUCUCCCCCCCUCUCCCCCCCCUCUCUUCCCCUCUCUCCCCCUCUCUCCCUCUCUCCCCUCUCUCUCCCCCCUCUAUCCACCCCUCUCUCUCCCCUCUCCCCUCUCUCCCCCUCUCUUCCCCCUCUCUCCCCCUUCCCCUCUCUCCCCCUCUCCCCCUCUCUCCCCCUCUCUCCCCCCCCCUCUCCCCCCUCUCCCCCUCUCUUCCCCUCUCUCUCCCCCCUCUCUCCCCCUCUCUCCCCCUCUCUCCCCCUCUCUCUCUCUCUCCCCCUCUCUAUCUCUCUGCAGCUCAUUCCCUUCAUUAAGAAAAUAUUAGUAUUUUGUCGCAUCAAUCUCCAAUUAUUGGAAAAUGAAUCCACGAUAUUUUCUAUGUAUGUAUCUAUCUAUCUAUCCGUCAGUUCAUAUCUAUCUAUCUAUCUAUCUAUCUAUCUAUCUAUGCAACCGUUCACAUCUCUCUCUCUUUCUUUCUCUCUCUCUCUCUCUCUCUAUCUAUCUAUCUAUUAA